GAUCCAAAAUGGCAUCAGGACCAACAUGACCUUUAUGUCCUAAUCUAAUGGGGUGAGGACUACGGACAGGUCGGAGGUCAAGAGACAAAUCAGGAUGAACGGAGAAGUGAGUGACAUACAUGACAUCAAAUUGAAAAUCCGAGAACUGAAUCAGCACAUCGUGUGUAUCCUGUGUGCUGGCUACUUCAUUGAUGCAACGACUGUGACAGAGUGCUUGCAUACCUUUUGUAAGAGCUGCAUAGUAAAAUACCUCCAGACUUCCAAGUUUUGUCCUAUGUGCAAUCUGAAGAUCCAUGAAACUCAACCUGUGUUGAACCUUCGGCCCGAUCGGACCAUGCAGGAUGUCGUGCUGAAAUUAGUGCCAAAGCUUUUUGAAAACGAAGAGCUGAGAAAGAUGGAUUUCUACAAAUCACGAGGAUUGGACAAGGUGCAGAGUAAAGUCCAGCAAAAGUCUUUCAGUGGCAAGCUUGACCCGACUAGAGGUCACUUCUAUAAGAAUGAUGAACAAGUCUCGUUGUGCCUUGAAUAUUAUGGGAAUGGACCAAGCCAAAUUGAUGAGGAUGUUGGUAUCGUACAGCUAGACAAGAAAUAUAUCAGAUGCUCUGUAAGGACGUGUGUAUGCCAUUUACAGAAGCUGUUAUUGAAGAAGCUUGAUGUUUCAAAAGAGUCUGAGGUAUUGCUUUACUGUGAAGAUGAAGAACUUUAUGAAGAUGACCCUAUGAAGUAUGUCUGGUUAUCACACUGGAAAGGAAAGGCUGCUCCAAUGGUUCUGAAAUACCAAAUCAUCUCUGGAUCGAGCUCUCAGAAUGGGAUACUCUGAACACCUUAGCCCCACGACCAUCAUGUGUUACUCACCGAUGCUUCCUUUAUACGCCCGCCCUGCAAAUGUUUGGAGUCCUUUCCAACACCACAUCGUAACACCAAAACUCCAUCAGCAUUACUCUGGUGCUUGUGUCAGAUGUUUGGGAUACAGUGCUGUUCAAUUCUUCUUGGAAUACUGACUUCAACACCAACUGUGUUGGUAUGACAACUCAGCUGGGCAUGCCUCUGGUGUUGUAAUUUACUUUAUUAACACCAUCACAAGUUUUCUCUUGCCUUGCUUUGCUCUAUAUAAGGCAUGUCACCAACUGCUUUGUUAAAACUCAUCGUAUAUUCUAAUCUGGUGCUAAUGUUUUAUAAUCAAGCAUCAAACAACCAUCAAGCAUCUCAGGUCAAACCUGGUUGCGGCAUCUUUGCACAUCUCUGAAGCGGGCAGCUCAAAAACCAAGUCUGGAAAACUUUCAUGAAAUGUGACCUAAGACAUAACACUUUGCAAGACAACAAGGGCAGCAUGAUUUAUGAAAAAAUUAAUUCCAUCGGCACUUCCAAUCCAUGCGUGACUGCUUAUCAUACUCUGACCCAGCAACUGUUGUGCAUGUGACCGAAGAUGCUAAAAUGGGUUACUCAUAAUCGCAAAGAAAUGAUUCUAGUGGAUGAUUUGGCAGUAUGACUGGACUUGCAGGAUCAUGUGACCGGACGUGCAUAAUCAUGUGACCGGAUGUGCAGAAUCAUGUGACUGGACUUGCAGAAUCAUGUGACUGGACUUGCAGAAUCAUGUGACUGGACUUGCAGGAUCAUGUGAACAAACUUUUUUCCUUCGCUGGAACAUCUCAAACAUCACCAUUGCUUCCUUCUUUGUUGCCCAUGGCUUGCUGAACUUUCCUCUUCCAUUCUUUGAUUGCCAAUCUGGAAAGGAAAAUUAUUUUUUCUGAUUUCUUCCUCGAAGAGAGCUACAAUUAUUGGCUACAAGCUCAUCAUAUCAUUUUGUUGUGUUUGAUUGGAAGUGGUUCCUGUGGAUACAAAUAUCUGACUUGAUACAUGUUGAUUAUUUGUUUGGAAUACCAUGGUAUAAGCCCAUAGUCAAGUUUUAUCAAGUCUGGUUUAUCAUUACAUUGCUUAAAAGGGGUACUCUAGGCUGAAAAUAAUGUGAUUUGAACAGAUAAAGAAAAUUCAGACAAACAAAACCCUAAAUUUGAUUAAAAUCGGACAAGGAAUAACAAAGUUAUGGCAUUUUAAAGAUUUGCAUUAUUACAGUGAAAUGGUUCCCGGCAUGUCUUCAUGAAUAUUCAAUGAGCAUACUGAUGAUGUCAUAUCCCCAUUUUUUGUCUCACCUGCAUAGCAGAGUGGACUAUAGGCGCCGCUUUUCCGACGGCGACGGCGGCGUCAACACCAAAUCUUAACCUGAGGUUAAGUUUUUGAAAUGACAGCAUAACUUAGAAAGUAUAUGGACCUAGUUCAUGAAACUUGGCCAUAAGGUUAAUCAAGUAUUACUGAACAUCCUGCCUGAGUUUCAUGUCACAUGACCAAGGUCAAAGGUCAUUUAGGGUCAAUGAACUUAGACCAUGUUGGGGGAAUCAACAUCAAAAUCUUAACCUAAGGUUAAGUUUUUGAAAUGUCAUCAUAACUUAGAAAAUAUAUGGACCUAGUUCAUGAAACUUAUACAUAAGGUUAAUCAAGUAUCACUGAACAUCCUGCAUGAGUUUCACGUCACAUGAUCAAGGUCAAAGGUCAUUUAGGGUCAAUGAACUUUGGCCGAAUUGGGGGUAUCUGUUGAAUUACCAUCAUAACUUUGAAAGUUUAUGGAUCUGAUUCAUGAAACUUGGACAUAAUAGUAAUCAGGUAUUACUAAACAUCCUGUGCAAGUUUCAGGUCACAUGAUCAAGGUCAAAGGUCAUUUAGGGUCAAUGAACUUUGGCCAAAUUGGGGUAUUUGUUGAAUUACAGCCAUAAAUUUGAAAGUGUGUUGGUCUAGUUCAUAAAACUUGGACAUAAUAGUAAUCAAGUAUCACUAAACAUCCUGUGCGAGUUUCAGGUCACAUGAUCAAGGUCAAAGGUCAUGUAAGGUCAAAGAACUUUGGCCACGUUGGGGGUAUUUGUUGAAUUGCCAUCAUAUCUCUAUAAGUGUAUUGGUCUAGUUCAUAAAACGUGGAAAUAAGAGUAACCAAGUAUCACUGAACAUCUUGUGCGAGUUAUAGUAGUUUUCAAAAUCAGCACUGCUGCUAUAUUGAAUCGCGUGAUGCAGGUGAGACGGCCAGAGGCAUUCCACUUGUUAUUAUAUGAAAUCAGACUAAUUCAUUUUUUUUUCUUCAAGAAGCAAAAAAUUUAGAUUGACAACUGAUUUAGUGCAUAAGAUAUUAAUUGCUGCAACUUAUUUCAUUACAAGGGAGACAUAUCAUUCACACAUGUAUGAAAACCAAUUAUGAUUUCAUAUAAUAACAUAAGAAAAAGGAAAGUGGGGAUGUGACAUCAUCAGCUCACCUAAUGAAUAUUCAUGACAACGUGCAUGUAACUGUUUUCGCAAUAUAUUGCUAUACUUUCAAAUUCAAUAACUUUGCUUUUUGAUAUCAGAUUUUGAUGAAAUUUUCAGCAUUUUGCUCUGUGAAUUUUACUCUGCUUAUCUUAGAUAUAUUUUCAACCUGAAGUACCUAUUUAAUCCUAUCAUUUUAAGUAUUUGGAGCCAAAAUGUUUUUUUUUUUAAAUUAUAUAUAUUGAAUGUGCAUUUUGGUGUACUCUUUUAUUUCAUCAUACUUUAAUGACAAUAAACUAGUUUAGGUAUUAUUCCCAAAUCUCAGACAGUCAUUAGGCCCAUAUUCUCUAAAAAGAGGUUUCAACUGUUCCAUGGUACAAAACUAUGGUUUAUGCAAAUUUCUUGUAUUAUGCUUCCCUUAAGGACAUUCCACAGUUAAAAUGAAAUCCAUGUCAUUUUCACCAAAAUUUGCACGGAGGUACUUCAGCACCCAAAUAUUCCAAAUAUGCAAAAAAUAACAUGGGUUCAUGUGCUUGAUUUUUUUGCUAUCGAGCUUUGAAGUUCAACUAAUUUGAAGUUCUCGAGAAAUGCGCAUUCACAAGGUUUGGACAUUUUUAGACAUCAUGGGAUUACUACAUUGAGUUUAAACAUCUAUUACUCUGUCAAAAUCCAUGUAAAUUUCAACAAAUUUCACAGACAAACUUAACUGUGGAACGUCCUUAAGCACCCUUUGCCAAAAGCAUGCAUUUAACUGGAUUUUUCUUAGUGUACUUGAAGAAAUAAGUGUAAUUAUGUACAAAAAUCUGCAUAGUCCAAGGUUUUGUACCAUGGUGAAAUUGAAACCUCUUUUGAGAAUAAUACAUUUCUAAGGGUUUCAGUGCCAAAUGUGCUAAUAGAUUGAAUCUCUACUGUUUAACCUUUAGGUCCCAUUUGGCUACCCCUUUGUUAGAGCACAACUUUAGACCAGAGUAUAGACCAUAGUGUCUGGAGCCACGAUUUGUCUGUUUCAUCCCCCGUUUUUCUCUUUAAGAAAGAUUCAAACCAUGACAAUUUGAGAGCAUCACACCUUUUUAUGUGUAGCUCUCAAAAAGAGACAAUAAAGCAAGGUCCAGUAUACAAAGUAGUCAGAUACACAUGAGUAUAUUUUAUACAAAUAGCGAAUAGGAAUGAGUGCGAUAGUGCAAGAUUUCGCAUGAGGUGAAAGAAAGAUGAUCUAUUCAAUGAGGCGUUAGCGGAGUUGAAUAGAGUGUCUCUUUCUUUCACCGAAUGCGAAAUCUCGCACCAUUGUACGAAUAAGAAUAUUCGCUAUUUGUUUUGUACAAUGCCUUGGAGUUAAGCGAAAAUAUGAAAAAAACAUACAAGUUUUUCCCUGCAGUCAUCUAUGGAAAGGGAGCACAAAUAUUUAAAGCGAAAAGCAAAAUCUCACAAGCGCACAUGAUCUUGGGCAGCAUCGCGCAUGUAGCCAGCAAGCUAUACGCGUGUUUCACCUUCAUUUUUUUACUGAGCGCAAUCAAUUGAAUUGUAUUGUGACGUCACCUCUUAAAGCUGUGCAACAGUACAUUUUUGAUGGUGCGUUGUGUUUGCAACAGUAUGAUGGUGGGCCCCAAGUCUGCGCACCUAACAAAUUGAGUUAAGAUUUAACGUGAUUUUUUUCUUAUUUCACAAAAUCUUUCAGUCAACAAUGUUCCUUAUAUUAUUAUGAGUAAGUGUACCAAAUUUCACAUUG